AUGGAACGUGCCCUCACGAUCUUGGCCCCCCAUACGCUGCACAAACACACAAGCGACAGCGUCGUGUUCAUUCAGGUUGGAAACACGAGGAUGGAGACGGACCGGGACCAACUGAUGAGCUACUCCCUCGAGGAGCACAUCGCUCUUCUUGCCAGUCUGAGCGGCGUCGAGUGCACGCACCCACUCCCUUUCAUGCUGCGAUAUGGAUUCUGGGAGUCGCGCGUUAGGGUCCUUCUUCGAGGCAUGGACGACUUUGUUGUGUUAGACCUCGACUCGUGGGAUGAGCUUGUGACGGAGCGCAAGGCCUUGGUCUGCGUCGGGAUAGCGAUUGGUGUCGUCUCCUUGGUAGCGGGUCUGUCAUUCAGCGGGUCUCUCCAUACUUGA